CCAGUGCGCGUUCCGCCUCCGCGCUGCCGCGCCGCGUCCUCUCAUACAAACUCGUGCAUACAAACAUGUGAUCGACACUCUUUUCGUCGCUGUGCUCCUGGUUAGUGAUAGUUAGUACACAUACUACUGCAGUCCUAUUAGAUAGUGUUUUUAUCAAAUUCAAGAAACUAAAGAGCUUUAUCUCCUCCGCCAGAGUGUGUGGAGGAUGCGAGUGACCGCGCCUUGAAGCCGGCAGGCCUCCACAAUGUCGUACCGCUGCGGGCCGACAGCAAUUGGCAGCCGGACCUCCUGGGGUCCCAUAUCUUCACCCACCGUCACUGACAAACCCUUCGACCGCCCUCUGAGCGGCAACUUCGAUCGCAUCUUCAACGCCUUUGAACGCACCAACGCGUUCGAAUAUGUCAAGAGUAGCUUGGACAAGGAGGAGAGACAAGAGAGGCACAUAGGUCAUGGGGACAUAGUGGUGAACAGAAAGAUGAGCAGCAGUUUCGAGCGGGCGGACUGCGCGCUGGCUGCGCAGACGCCGAGCUCAGAAGACGAGGAUUUCUACCGCGAGAAGAUCCUGUAUUCGCAGGCGAGACAACUGUUCCCACUACAAGAGGACCUCGCCGACUGGAUCAACAAAACCAUCGGCAUCACAUACCUGAAUGGAGAAAACUUCCUGGAUGUACUGGACAACGGCGUGGAGCUGUGUCAGCUGGCCGCCGUCAUACACGACCGCGCCAGGGAGGCCAUCGACCAGGGACUAAUCGUUGGGCCGGUGCCGAUGAUCCGCGGGCGCUGCUGGCAGCGCGCGGCGCGACGCAGCUUCUUCUCGCGCGACAACACCGAGAACUUUAUCACCUUCUGCCGCGACCUGGGAGUGCAUGAGAACCUGCUCUUUGAGAGUGAUGACCUGGUGCUACACAACCAGCCGCGACAGGUGAUCCUCUGUCUGCUGGAAGUGGCCCGCCUGGCCAGCAAGUUCGGCGUGGAGCCUCCAGGGCUGGUGCAGCUCGAGAAGGAGAUAGCGCUGGAGGAGCGCGACUCGGGGCUGGACUCCGCGAUGUCGGGCGCCGCCUGGCAGUUCCGGGACGCCACCCCGCCGCCCACCGACAAAUCACUCGAGCCGCCUUCUACUCCAGAUCCUAACGACAACCAACUGGCGGUGCUGGACAACGCAGACGCAGAGAGCACCAAGUCUGAAGGCACGGUGGCCAGCACAGACUCCGACGUGCCGCUCAAACCCACCAACGAGCUCGACAAGAGGGUGCAGCUGGUGACGCGGCUGAUGGAGCGCGGCUGCAGCUGCGGCGCCGGCAAGUGCUCCAAGCUGCUCAAGGUCAAGAAGGUUGGCGAGGGCCGCUACAACAUCGCCGGCAGGAACGUGUUCAUCAGGCUGCUGAAGGGUCGGCACAUGAUGGUCCGCGUGGGCGGCGGCUGGGACACGCUGGAACACUUCCUGUCGCGCCACGAGCCGUGCCAGGUGCGCCUCGUCACACAGGGCCGCCGCGACGUCUUGCCCGUCACACUACCACCGCCCUCCACUGACGACGAGCUGGAUAAACUGUCGCCUAUCUCGCGCAAGCAUAGCGAUAUCUCACUCAGCAGCAAGGAACCCUCCCUAGGCACUGUUUCGCCUGUAGAUAGCAAAGCUUCUUCUUUAAGCGGGAAGGUAUCCCCCGUUCGAGCUAGCUCUGUCAGCAGCGGGAAAAGUUCCCCGGCCGGGCGCCGCACGUCGACUCCAUCCCGUGUCACGCCUCGCAGCCGCGUCGGUUUGACCCUCCCCUUACGCACGGACUCCGUUGACGCGCGUCAACAGAAGCCGUCGCCGCGCACGCGCAAGCAAUCCGCCCCGAGCUUCAGUACCCCCCACACCCCCACGACCCCGGCUCGCACGGCCCGUACCCCGCCCGCAGACCUGCGCAAGUCCCUCACUUCUACCUCCCUUACACCGAAAAAGUCUCGCAGCAUGAGCUUAGCUUUGGUUCCCAAGGAGGAAAAGAAGCCGUUCUGCGGGACGGACAGGUUGAACCAGGCGGCGAAGAAGAAUAGGAAUGGUAGCGUUGCGUCCACGCCAACGGAACCGACUCCGGCGAGGAAAACUCGCAGCCAAAGCCUCGCGUCCACGCCGGUGCACGAGGCCAAGAAGACGUUUACCGCCACGAACGGCACGAAUGGUUACGCUAAGAAAACUCGCAGCAUGAGUUUGGCGGCGCCGGUGGAGUUCCGGCCGCUGUCCAGUAAGAGCGCGUCGGUGGCGGCCACGGGCGCGCUCACGCAGGCCGCCAUAGAGGAGAGCAUCCGGCGGUCCCUGGCCGCCAGCAUCGAGGACCACUCCAACAACAAGCCGUUCCUGCACAUCAAGGCCAAGUACCGGAGUCCGCCGCCGCGCGAGGUCCCCCCGAGAUAACUCCCGCGACCCACAUUCCACUAGCUUUAAUUUUAACCUUUGACAUUUAAGCGUCAUGAAAGUGUGAAGUUCAAUUAUAAUUACGGUAACUUGUAAGCGUUAUGUAGAUCUCCUAACUGAGUAAUCUCUUCUGUAUCAUGUAGUGGUGGCCUCAUCAAUUAAUUCAUUCAUCGUACUCCGCGAGCGGGAGACUAGUCAUAGUUGAAUUCGUUUUAAUGAUUAUAAUGAUGAUAAUGUAGGUUUAAGAUCAUUUUUCCAAUCGCAAUAAUGAAUCUUAUUAUUUUUAAUUAUUAUUUCGUGGAUUUGAUUUAUUGUUUGAGUAUUAUAAGUUAUUCGUUCCUGAGUUUCGGAAUUGACAAUACAAUUUUGGAUUAUGUUCAGAUUUUGUUUUCGCUUGUAAUUUAUGAUUUUGUGUUAUGAUAUUAGUUGGAUUUAGACAACCAUACCAUUAUGCUUCAUUUACUUAGCAUAUACUGUAUAGACGUAUGAAGGCGAGUGAACCAAGUGGCCUGACACGAGCGACUCCUGGUACAAAAUAUAUCGUUGUAUAUCAUCACAGCCUCUAUUUUGAUACGGAACCAUAGAAGAUAUUUUUGCACUGACAUUAGAUAGAAGCACUAGGUAGACAUAGACACGUCUUGCGUGGCAGCCGGGUGGCCGGGUGACACUACCCCUGACUACCCUCACGAGACAGUUUUAAUCAAAUAAAAAUCUGUGACCAAAUGUUUGAGACAUUAUAAAAUAAUUCAUAUAUCUGAACUGGUUUCAGACAAAAACUAAUUGCAUUUGUCAGGCAUUAAUCUGCAUUUCCCUCAAAUAUAAGGCCACAGUACAAACCUCAAUAUCACUGUAGUUCUACCAACGAAUAGAUUAAGAUUUGAACAUUUUAAUCUAGAAUAAGGAUUUUAAACUACAUGAGAGCUUAGCAUCGUGUUGUACUGCCAAAAACCAAUAUAUUAUGCAAUAUUGUGCCAACAGUUAAUGAUGUAUGGUUGAUAAUAAACUUUUUAACAUUCA